UGCAGAGACAAGGAUUACAACUCAAUCGCCGAAGUGUCGGGAGCUCUGCUUCGCUCACCAGUGCAAGAAACAGGACGCUAGUUAGGCGGGAGCCUACUUCGUCCUUGAACGUAACCUGACCUGAGUCGAUGCGCCUUUUGAGAGUUUGCACAUUUUUCUCAUGGAUCAGGUUCAAAGCAGCCUAAUCGGUUUGGUUGCGGGCAUCAACGGUGGAAUAGCAACAGUUUAUGUUGGCCAACCCCUAGAUACCAUUAAGGUCAAACUGCAGGCUUUUCCCGAAUCGUACAGCAGCGCUUUGAACUGUUUCAGAGUAACGUUAGCGAAAGAUGGCAUUGUUAGAGGUCUUUAUGCAGGCACAGCUCCAGCUUUAGCUGCCAAUAUAGCGGAGAAUUCCGUCUUGUUUUGCGCACUUCCUCUUUGUCAAAACUUGGUCCGAAUUGGGUUCUCUAAGCAUCCUAGUGAUAACCUAUCAGAUUUCCAACAUGCAUGCGCCGGGAGCCUGGCUGCAUUCUGGUCCAGCCUCGCUCUCUGUCCAACAGAACUGGUCAAGUGCAAAGUGCAAUCAUUGCGAGAAAUGACGGAGCUCGGGCGUGGCACCAUGCAUCCUUCCCAGAUGUGA